UAAACCCGUUGUUAAUAAAGAAAACAUUAAUUAUGAUGGAAUACUUGCUGAUAUUAGUGGUGUCAAUGGGGAGAACAUAGUACAGAUAAAAAAGGUGAAAUUCGAUGAGAAGGGACAAGAAUCAGAAGCUAAAACCGAGAUUCCAUUUAAGACCAGAAAAUACAAUUUGUAUGUUGAUGGAGAAGACAUACGAUCUUUAAUUGAUAGGUGGACUGAUUUGAUUAAUGUUAUGGAAGACAUUUUUACACCUAGUAAUAUUGAUCCCAAUGAGAAACAAGACGUGAAGAUUUAUAUAAAAGAACUUAUGAAAAAAGUGAUAACAUGGGAACAGCUGGAUAACGUUAUCAAGGUUGAAAAGAAUAAAUUACGUACAUCUAAAUAUGAGGGAUGGAAAUAUCAAAUUAUAAAGCUCUCAAAAAUUUUCAAAGACCAAUUUAAAAAUAAUCAUAACAAGCUUACAAAAAAUCAAACAGAGAACAAUUAUAUAAUCAAUUUUAUUUCUCGAGUUUUUAUAUUAAUGUUUAAAGAUAAUGAGCACAUAGAACUUAAUUGGGGAGAAACAACUUUGAAGGCUUCGGCAUUCCUCAAGAACAAAUCAUUACGAGAUGACAGCCGCCGUGGUAAUGGAAGUAAAGUUGAUUGUAUAAUUAAUAUAAUUGAAAUUUUAUUAGAAAUAAUAGUCAUAGAAGUAUCUGGAUCACCUAGCAAUCUUGAUCACACCCAUUAUGUGGGUGAUCGUAAUAAGAUCGCAAAGAUGUUGAAAACUAUCAUCAAUUAUAUUAUUCUAAACUACCCUGAUCACACAUUUUAUAUCUAUUCGAUGUGCAUGCCAUUUGCUUCAAUUUAUUAUUUCAAGCUUGAAUAUAAGUUCACAUGUCCAAAAAUGAUGCGAACACUUUCCAAAGAAUUACCAGAAUUCUGUUAUAAUUUAUGGAAAAUGAAAGAUCUAGUUCAAUUAACCAUAUCAGAAAUUCUGGAAUAUGUUGAUAGUGAGGAAACUUUAGAUGAAUGA